CACAACUCCCUGAGCUCUCCCAGGUGGCGGUUGCCUCUUGAAACAGGCUCAUCGCCAUGACCGAACUGAACUCCCAGGUCAAAAGGUCCCUCAACACCACCACUCCCGGGGUGCAGAUAUGGAGGAUCGAGGCCAUGCAGAUGGUGCCAGUCCCCUCUAGCACCUUUGGCAGCUUCUUCGAUGGCGACUGCUACGUAGUCCUGGCUACCCACAAGACGGGCAACAACCUGUCCUAUGACAUCCACUUCUGGAUCGGCCAGGCCUCGUCCCAGGACGAGCAAGGGGCGGCUGCCAUCUACACCACGCAGAUGGAUGACUUCCUGAAGGGCCGCGCCAUCCAGCACCGCGAGGUCCAGGGCAAUGAGAGCGAAGCCUUCCGUGGCUACUUCAAGCAGGGCAUUGUGAUCCGGAAAGGGGGUGUGGCUUCUGGUAUGAAGCACGUGGAGACCAACUCCUACGAUAUCCAGCGGCUGCUGCAUGUCAAGGGCAAGAGGAAUGUGAUAGCCGGAGAGGUGGAGAUGUCCUGGAAGAGUUUUAACCGCGGGGAUGUUUUCCUCCUGGACCUCGGGCGGCUCAUCAUCCAAUGGAACGGGCAGGAGAGUAACCGCAUGGAGAGACUCAGGGGCAUGACCCUGGCCAAGGAGAUCCGGGACCAGGAGCGCGGCGGGCGGGCCCACGUGGGCGUGGUGGAAGGGGAGAACGAGCAGGCCAGCCCUCAGCUGAUGGCCAUCAUGAACCACGUGCUGGGCCAGCGGAGGGAGCUGAAGGCAGCCAUGCCGGACACUGUGGUGGAGCCUGCCGUCAAGGCCAACCUCAAGUUGUUCCAUGUGUCUGACUCAGAGGGAAAGCUGGUGGUUAGAGAAGUUGCCACAAGGCCCCUCACUCAAAACCUGCUGAGUCAUGAGGACUGUUACAUCCUGGACCAGGGCGGCCUGAAGAUCUACGUGUGGAAGGGCAAGAAUGCCAAUGCCGAGGAGAGGAAGGGAGCCAUGAGCCAGGCGCUGAACUUUAUCAAAGCGAAGCAGUACCCGCCCAGCACCCAGGUGGAGGUGCAGAAUGAUGGGGCCGAGUCAGCCGUCUUCCAGCAGCUCUUCCAGAAGUGGACAGUGCCCAACCGGACAGCAGGCCUGGGCAAGACCCACACUGUGGGCUCCGUGGCCAAGGUAGAGCAGUUGAAGUUUGAUGCCGCGACCAUGCAUGUCCAGCCCCAGGUGGCUGCCCAGCAGAAGAUGGUCGACGAUGGCAGUGGGGAUGUGCAGGUGUGGCGCAUUGAGAAUCUAGAGUUGGUGCCUGUGGAUUCCAAGUGGCUGGGACACUUUUACGGGGGCGACUGCUACCUGCUGCUCUACACCUACCUCAUCGGAGAGAAGAAGCACUACCUGCUCUACAUCUGGCAGGGCAGCCAGGCCAGCCAGGAUGAAAUUGCAGCCUCAGCCUACCAGGCCGUCUUCCUCGACCAGCAGUACAACGAUGAACCGGUCCAGAUCCGGGUCCCCAUGGGCAAGGAACCUCCCCACCUCAUGGCCAUCUUCAAGGGAAAAAUGGUGGUCUACCAGGGAGGGACCUCCCGGGCUGGCAACACAGAGCCUGAGCCCUCCACAAGACUGUUCCAGGUCCGGGGAACCACUGCCAACAACACCAAGGCCUUCGAGGUCCCAGCCCGGGCCACCUCCCUCAACUCCAACGACGUCUUUCUCCUCAAGACCCCAUCCUGCUGCUACCUGUGGUGUGGGAAGGGCUGUAGUGGGGAUGAACGGGAGAUGGCCAAGACGGUCGCUGACAUCAUCUCCCGGACGGAGAAGCAAGUGGUGGUGGAAGGACAGGAGCCGGCCAACUUCUGGAUGGCCCUGGGUGGGAAGGCCCCCUAUGCCAACACCAAGAGACUACAGGAGGAAAACCAGGUCAUCUCGCCCCGGCUCUUCGAGUGUUCUAACCAGACUGGGCGCUUCAUGGCCACAGAAAUCCCUGACUUCAAUCAGGAUGACUUGGAAGAGGAUGAUGUGUUCCUGCUAGAUGUCUGGGACCAGAUCUUCUUCUGGAUCGGGAAGCACGCCAACGAGGAAGAGAAGAAGGCUGCAGCUGACACCGUGCAGGAAUACCUCAAGACUCACCCCAGCGGCCGUGACCCUGAGACCCCCAUCAUUGUGGUGAAGCAGGGACACGAGCCCCCCAUCUUCACUGGCUGGUUCCUGGCUUGGGAUCCCUUCAAGUGGAAUAGCGUCAAAUCCUAUGAGGAACAGAAAGAGCAGCUUGGAAAUUCUGCGAACUGGGACGAGAUCACUGCUGAGAUCACAAAUCCUAAACUAGAGGUGUUCAAUGCUAACAGCAACCUCAAUUCUGGGCCUCUGCCUAUCUUCCCCCUGGAGCAGUUGGUGAAUGUGCCUCCAGAGGAGCUCCCUGAGGGUGUGAACCCCAGCAGGAAGGAGGCUCACCUGUCCCCUGAGGAUUUCACCAAGGCCUUGGGGAUGACUCCAUCUGCUUUCUCUGCUUUGCCUCAAUGGAAGCAACAAAGCCUCAAGAAAGAAAAAGGACUAUUUUGAGAAGCAAAUGGCUGUGGAUGCAAAGCAGCACCCUGCUCAGCCUGCAGUUUUUUCUUAAGCAAUUGUUAAUUGAAGUGAAAUUUUACAGUUGUACUUGUGAGAAGCAGCCUAUGGCAAUGCCACUUUGCCUUUUCCUCCAGAAAGAUGGUGCCCCCACGAGCAGCCUGUGGCCCCAUCAGCCUUCAAGAAGGUGGCCAGUGUCUCCAUCCUGUUCAAGGUUUACCCUCUUAGGAGCGCAGCCAAACACUCCAUGGGACGAGUUCUGAGUGCCUUCCUAGACUUCUCCCUAUCAUAACUCAUUUUUAUCUACAGCAAGCGGGCUAAUGUUCUGGAGCAUUGGCUUUUCCUUUUUACAUAUUCUUUCCUCACUGCCUUACUCUGGUGGUAAGUUAAAGGGGACCCCUUCUUUGAAAGCGAGUUGACUAGCCCAGAAGUAACGCUCUUAGGAGGUUUCACCAUGCUAAUUAGUCCCCAGAGAAGGAAACACCUGCUGGGCCUAGGCUUGAGGUCUAAGGGAUAGAGUAUGAAACGCACAGGCUGUCUCACCCCCUCAGGUACUCUUAAAGCAACGGCAGAAGUCAGUUAAGGCUGAUGCUGGGCUCACAGUCCAUUAUCCAGAACCUCUGCAAAGCUCCACAGGCUCCUUGGAUGAGACGAUGAGAACUCAGUGCUGACCACGUGUUGAUCUGCCAUCCCAUUUCCUUUAAGAUGCAACAGUGCUGCAUGGAAAUCCAAGUCAGAGGUGAACAGAAGGUGAUUUCCAAAACCCGAACAACUGGUUAGGCUGCAAGAAUAUGUAUUUUUCAGAAAUAACAAGUCGAACCAACACAAGGUUAAUAAAGGCUUUAAUUUCACACACACAAAAAAAAAAACCUCUAUGCAUAAUUUAAAAAGGAAACAAAAACAAGGAAAAACCGCAAGGGUACAGAGGAACAGUUCUGCUAAAACACAGAUAAUGUGCCGCUCCAUACAAAACAACAUGAGGAAUCAGAAUCAAAAUUCACUCUGAACACAAAGAGAAUCACCUCACAAAAAGGUGGCCAAAGCUGCCAGCAAACUUGGUAGUGGCUCAACUAGGCAAGCAUAGGAACCUUACUUCUGCUUUCCCUCUCUGUAAGCAUAAAUAAAAAUAUUGAUAGGCAGAGAAGUGGGAGAUGGAAGAAAACCUCGGAGGCGAGUGGUUCCACUCCUUCCACCCCUCUCUGUUCUCGACAAGGACCGGUUCAGUGGAUAGGCCAUCUUUGUUUCAACAUUUGACCAAACGCACUUGGGUCCUGAUCCAGACCCUCAUCCACUCUGUUCUCUCACCCAGUGGACAUGUCUAUUAUUUAGAACCUCUGUACUUGAAGCCCAAUGGUACUAAAACCAACUGCUUAUAUUCCUACUGGCACACUUUUUAUUGAAAACUUAAAAACCUCAGUCAUAGCACACAUGGAAAAGAAAAUUUACUAAUUUUGAAUAAAUAUGAUACAAUGAAAGAAACUGCCUGAAGUCUAGUAAUCAAAGCAUGCUAACAAGGAGUCGAUGAUUGUGGUGAGACACAAAGAAUGUCACCAAACCCUCAAGGCCUAACAAAACUAGCUUUCCAGUAAAACAGAUUAUUUCUUUUUGAAUGUUAGUAAGACACAUCAGUAAAGACCAGUCAGAAGUUAUAUAUCAGGUGUUAGAAGGCAGAAAUCCUGUUUAGUUUCUGUACACACUCGUGAGAGAGCAUUACUCAGUGUAAAGCAGGAAUGGGAGAAGGAAAAGGAAAUAUCUGGUUUUGGGGGGACAUUUUUAUGUGACUUGCAUCUGAUACUGGUUUGUUGAUUUUUCUAAGAAUCCCCGUUGGUAUAAAAGAGCCACACAUAUUUGGAAACACAGCUUUGCUUCCUGACUUAAAAGACCACCUAAAGGGGUCAAUUAAAUCAAACAGGUUGGGGGGAGAUUAAA